AUGCCAUUGAUGGAAUCCAUCCAGUAUGUUUUCUUCGCCUUCGUGGCCGCGUCCUGUGUUCCAGUCUCGACGCUCCUUCUAAUUUUCAACCUCUUGUGGCUAUCGCUCUCCCCAUGGACUUCUAUCCACCAGCGUCUCAAAAGAGUGCCAGGGUUUCGAUCGAGGACAAUUUUCAUCACUGGAGUCAAUACGCCCCAUGGGUUGAGACUGGCCAGAGCGUUUCACAGCACUGGUCAUAAAGUUAUUGGCGCUGAUCACGAGCCUGAUGGAUUCCCUAUCCACGUGCGGUUCUCCAAGGCGUUGAGUCGCUUCUACCGUCUCCCGCCCAAAUCCGACGACAGCCGCGAGGUCGCGUACAUCGAAAGCUUGGUUCGGAUCAUCGACCAAGAGCAUGCUGAACUUUGGAUCAAUUGCACGAGCAGCGUAGAUCCUAGUACAGAGGCACAAGCGAGGAGUGUCAUUGAGCAGCGCAAUAAGUGUCAGUGUUUCGCCCUUCGGAUUAACGAUGUACCUUAUUUCGCAACGAGGGAAGCAUUUCUCUUAUAUACGGCCAGCCAAGGACUACCGGUACCCGAAACAUAUCAUGUCAAAUCACGCGAUGAGGUGCACAAUGUGCUUAACAAAGCGCGCGGGAGACGAAAGUACUUGCUGCAAAGUCUGGAUCAAAAUGGAGUUUACGCCAACUCGGCCAGGACAGUGCUCCCACGGAGAACACUCAGUCAAACAUACAAUACAGUCUCUCAGAUGGCCAUUACUAGCACGGUGCCCUGGAAGCUGGAACAGGACGUGAAUGAACUUGAGAGAUAUCACACCUUUGCGAUCAUUGUGAAAGGCUCUCUCAGAGCCUUUGUGGCCAGUCGGUUGAUACAUCCUGGCUGCUAUCAGCUCUUGGAGCCAAAAUCCGCCCUCAAUAUGUCGAUGUUGCGGUUUGUCCACACGUUCGCACGUAACCAAGGCCAUGACUUCACCACACACUUGGGGAUCGACUUCUGUGUUGAAGAGCAGUUUACAGAAUCUGGGGUGGCCCAGAUCAUUCUCCCGGUCCAGGUCUCUAUCCAAGCGCAGGCCGCCGCACAGUUAUUUCAGGGCCUGAGCGGCUCGGUGCAAUUGUCUCGAGCCUAUCUGGACUGUUUGAACGUUAAUGGUGUCAACGCCGAGAAACAAAUGACAAAGUCAGGUCCUGCAGCUAUACAGCACUCUCCACACGACGACAUAGCCAUGCCGGAUUCCAAGAUAUCUGGAACGUACAGCUUCGGCCAGGAUCUCCUGCAGUUGUUCUUUGAGCCGCUCCUCAAACUAAUCACGUUAAGGAUCGGUAUCAUUGAUUACACCCGGCAUUUAGUCCACUUUCUCAAACACUUGGUUUUCUGGGAAGACGACUUAUACAACUUUCAGGAUCCAAUGCCUUUUUGGUGGUCUUACCAGAUCUACAUUCCACUGCGAUUUGUCAGGAACGCCGUGUCCUUGGAUGCUUGA